GAUGUGGACGUGCGCUCUGCUGCUCUGCGGCCUGUCAGCGGCGGCGGCGGCCGUCUGCGGCGGGCCGUGUCAGGAGCCGCUGAAGGUGGGACCGUGCAAGGCUCUGGUGGAUCGCUAUUACUUCUCUUCCACGGUGGGCACGUGCCUGCCAUUCUUCUGGGGCGGCUGCCAGGCGAACGGCAACAAUUUCAAAACAAUAUCGCAAUGCAGUGCUCAGUGCUGCGGCGGCGGCUGUGGGAGGCCGAGCUUCUGCUCGCUGCCGGCAGACGUUGGUCCCUGCGAUGCCGUCAUCCCCAGCUACUACUUCGACGGGAAAAGCUGCCGCAAGUUCGACUACGGUGGCUGCGGAGGCAACAAGAACCGCUUCGACAACAUAGAGCAGUGCAAGAAAGUUUGCAGGUCGCAUCGCUGAGCGUCUGGCAUGAUGCCUGCCAUCUGGCGGCGACCGGCCACGAAAAUUGUCGGCCCCCUUGGAGCCCAGUGCGGGAUCCGGAGAGAUCUUCCAUACCAGUGGCGUAUGCUGUGAAAUAGCAUUGGGCGUCAAGUCGCGUGCUUUCUGGAAUUUUGUGUUAUUGUAAGUGUGAAAAGUUUUCGUCACAACGUGCGCGUUCGGUGUGGUUUGCUCUGACCUUCACAUUGGACCUAUUUUUACGUGUGGACCAGGUUAUACCAGUGACCAGGACCAUUAUUUUUGGCACCGUCGAAAACUGCAAUACGUUAACUAAGCUCUUUGCAUUGAAUUGACAAAUACAUUUUCAUGAGAGAGCAUGA